AUGUUAGGCUGGUUCCAAUUCUUUACCUCCCUUGGCACUCUCAUCGGCACUAUUGUGGACAACUUCACCGAAAAGAUAGGUGGCAAGAAUAGCUAUAUCAUCCCCCUUGGCCUUAUAUUUAUCAUCCCUGCCGUACUAGUCAUCGGCAUGCUAUUCAUACCGGAAUCACCAAGAUGGUUGCUCCAGCAUGAUGAAGUUGAAAAGGCUCGAAAGGCAUUGGUUUGGUUGAGACCUGAUCAAGAGACUGUGGAUAGAGAGAUGUCGGAAAUGCAACAUGCAAUUGAACAGGAGCGCAGUUUGGCGAGUAGCACCUCUGUGUGGGAUAUGUUCACCAAUCCCGUUGAUCGUCGUCGGACGAUUCUUGCCGUCAGUGCUGUCACCACCCAGGCUGCUUCUGGAGCUAUGUUCAUGAUUGCCUACGGAACCUAUUUCUUCGAGAUGGCUGGUGUUGGAAGUGCCUUUGAAAACAGCUGCAUUCUGACUGCAGUAGGAGUUGUGGCCAUUUUACUCAAUAUUGCUGUCAUCACUCAUAUAGGCCGUCGGCGAGUCUUCCUGAUAACUGGUCUCAUACUUUGUGGAGUCAGUCAACUGAUAGUUGCUAUCGUAUACACGGUCAAGCCAGGGACGACAACCACAGGCAAAGUGAUUGUGGCACUUUCUGUCAUCUUCAUCUUCGGGUACAAUGGAAUGGUGGCCACGUAUGCCUGGCUUUCAGGUGGAGAACUGCCAUCCCAGCGACUUCGGUCCUAUACAUUUGGUCUCGCGGCAGCAGUUGGAUUCCUUGGAGCAUGGCUCACCACAUUCACUGCUCCUUAUUUCAUCAAUGUCGCAUCACUGAACUGGGGUCCCAAAUAUGGGUACAUCUGGUUCCCAUCUUGUCUUAUUGCCGCUGCCUUUAUUUACUUUUUCCUUCCUGAAGUUAAGGGACGUACUUUGGAAGAAAUUGAUGAGAUGUUUGAGCAGCGGGUUCCGGCUCGGAAGUUCGCAUCCUAUCAAUGUGUUGGUGCGGUAGCUCUUGAAGCAAAACGUAGGGGCUCAGAGAGUACCUCAGGUAAUCCAAAGAAGAGCGAUUCCGAAGACUCAGAAAAGCCUGUAGUGGAGACUAUUGAGGACAGAGUUUGA